CCCGAUUGUUGACGAUGUCUCAUAUCACCUUUAAUUUGCAUUUCAUGCUUAGGAGGUUGGUACUUUUCAUGUUUUCGUGGCUAUUUGGAUUAGAUCUUCUGAGACUUGUUUAUUCAGUCUUUGCUCAUCUUCUGUUGUUUUUCGCUUUUAAAUUAUUUUUAAGACUUCUUUGCAUAUUACAGAUAUUAGCUCUUUAUCAUAUGUAUGGCAAGUAUACUUUCCUAAUGUAUUAUUGUCUGUUGAUGUUUAUCAUAGGUUCCUCUGGUAAUUAACUUUUUUUGUUUUCUGUCUUCAUAAAGUCUCUAACCCUAGAUGACUCCGAUAAUAUCCUAAAUUGUAUUGUGUCUGUUUUAUUCUUUAAAUUUAGGACUCUAUAUACCAUUUACUAGCUAAAUCUUUUCCUUACUGAAUUGAAACACCACCUUUUUGGUCAGACUCUUUCCUAUUGAACUAAUCUGUCUUUCCUACAACAAUACCACAUUGUUUCAUUAGUGUGUCUUUUGUAUUCUAUUUGGAAAGGCAAGCUCGUCAACCUCGUUUACAAAUUUCCCCACUAUUUUCAGUUACUUUAUUUGACUUAAAAGAUGAUCUAAUCAAUCUCAACUUCGCUGGGAUUAUAAUCAAAACGCACGGUAUAUGCAAACUAAUUUUUGAAUUGAUAACUUCAUAUUGCUUUCCACCAAAGAUAUGUGUACCUCCAUUGGCUCGGAUACCGUUUCUAAUUCUUCAAUAAGACACUAUUUUAUAGCUCCUUUUUCCUCCCACUUUUUAUUUUUUUCAAAAACAGGAAGUCCCCUUUUACCUGUGUUGUCGACGGAUCCGGUUUACCGGUCCGCGCCAGCCCCUCCCCCGCCCCUCGGUUCCGGGUUACCAUGGGAAUCGAGGGUUGACGUCACCAAGGGCUUCCGCGCCGGACCCGAGGGUCAACGGUGAAACCAGGGACAGUGACAGGGCUUUGCCCCAUCUAUGCAUGCGCGCUCCUGUGCCGCUCCUCCCCGACCCCAAUUCUUGUUCCGCCACGGCUUUUCCGCCGCGACCUCUAGCUUAAACCCAGCGAAAUUACUCCCCGGGGAAAGGGAGAGAGGAAAAAAAAAAAAAAUGAACCAGCGACAGCCAAUCCCAGGACAUUACGACGCAACGGAGAUUGAUUGACACCACCAGCCCAACCAAUGGGAGAGCGCUUGGCCCCAUACGUCACAGAGUUUACCCCACCCUAUCCCUCUUUUCUGGACUCCGAGCUCAGUUCGCGCAGUAACAAAUGAACUGCGCGCUGCGACACCUCCCAGCUCUUCAGGCUCGGCCGCCAUUUCCUCGCCUGGCCUAACGGUCCGGCCAAUCCCAGCGCGCAUCGAGAAAGGCUAAGGCUCCACCAAUCGGAGGCCGCCGAUUCCGACCCUUUGCCUCAGCUCGGCCCAAUCCAGGCCCCGGCCCCGUCGCCCCCGGUCCGCCCCCGCGGAGCCCUCUCUCCUCCCUCUUUGUGCGUCUCGCGCCGCCGCCGCCCGCCGCGUGAGAAGACGGGUUCCGCGCGCUCCGCGGCAGCGCAGUCGGGUCCCCUCCCCCCAGAAGAUUCGGGAAGAAGAAGCCGCCGCCGAAAAGGAGCCGCCGGUGCCGGUCCCUGGGGGCGCCAUGGCGACAGGAGCGAACGCUACGCCGCUGGACUUCCCCAGUAAGAAGCGGAAGAGGAGCCGCUGGAACCAAGACACCAUGGAACAGAAGACGGUGAUUCCAGGAAUGCCUACAGUCAUCCCCCCUGGACUUACUCGGGAACAAGAAAGAGCUUAUAUAGUGCAACUGCAGAUAGAAGACCUGACUCGUAAACUGCGCACAGGAGACCUGGGCAUCCCCCCUAACCCUGAGGACAGGUCCCCUUCCCCUGAGCCCAUCUACAAUAGUGAGGGGAAGAGGCUUAACACUCGCGAGUUCCGUACCCGCAAGAAACUUGAGGAGGAACGGCACAAUCUCAUCACCGAAAUGGUUGCCCUCAACCCUGAUUUCAAGCCACCUGCAGAUUACAAACCUCCAGCAACACGUGUGAGUGAUAAAGUAAUGAUCCCACAAGAUGAGUAUCCAGAAAUCAAUUUUGUGGGGCUGCUGAUUGGGCCAAGAGGGAACACCUUGAAGAACAUAGAGAAGGAGUGUAAUGCCAAGAUCAUGAUCCGGGGGAAGGGUUCUGUGAAAGAAGGAAAAGUUGGGCGCAAAGAUGGCCAGAUGCUGCCAGGAGAAGAUGAGCCGCUUCACGCCCUGGUCACUGCCAAUACCAUGGAGAAUGUGAAGAAAGCCGUAGAACAGAUAAGAAACAUCCUGAAGCAGGGUAUAGAGACCCCUGAGGACCAGAACGACCUACGGAAGAUGCAACUUCGAGAGUUGGCUCGCUUGAAUGGAACCCUUCGGGAAGAUGAUAACAGGAUCUUAAGACCUUGGCAGAGCUCUGAGACCCGCAGCAUUACCAAUACCACAGUGUGUACCAAGUGUGGAGGGGCUGGCCACAUUGCUUCCGAUUGCAAGUUCCAAAGGCCUGGUGACCCCCAGUCAGCUCAGGAUAAAGCACGGAUGGAUAAAGAGUACUUGUCCCUCAUGGCUGAACUGGGGGAGGCCCCUGUGCCCGCAUCUGUGGGCUCCACAUCUGGGCCUGCUACCACACCACUGGCCAGUGCACCUCGGCCUGCUGCUCCUGCCAACAACCCACCUCCACCGUCUCUCAUGUCCACUACCCAGAGCCGCCCACCCUGGAUGAAUUCUGGGCCAUCAGAGAGUCGGCCCUACCAUGGCAUGCACGGAGGUGGCCCUGGUGGGCCCGGAGGUGGCCCCCACAGCUUCCCACACCCGCUACCCAGCCUCACAGGUGGGCAUGGUGGACAUCCCAUGCAGCACAACCCUAACGGACCCCCGCCCCCGUGGAUGCAGCCGCCGCCGCCACCGAUGAACCAGGGCCCCCACCCACCUGGGCACCAUGGCCCUCCUCCAAUGGGUAAAUCAGUACCUGGGAAGUACGCCUGUGGGCUCUGGGGUCUAUCGCCUGCAUCAAGGAAAAGGUAUGAUGCCGCCGCCACCUAUGGGCAUGAUGCCGCCGCCGCCGCCGCCUCCCAGUGGGCAGCCUCCGCCCCCUCCCUCUGGUCCUCUUCCCCCAUGGCAACAGCAGCAGCAGCAGCCUCCGCCACCCCCUCCGCCCAGCAGCAGUAUGGCUUCCAGUACCCCCUUGCCAUGGCAGCAAAAUACGACGACUACCACCACGAGCGCUGGCACAGGGUCCAUCCCGCCAUGGCAACAGCAGCAGGCGGCUGCCGCAGCUUCUCCAGGAGCCCCUCAGAUGCAAGGCAACCCCACUAUGGUGCCCCUGCCCCCAGGGGUCCAGCCGCCUCUGCCGCCCGGGGCCCCUCCCCCUCCGCCGCCUCCGCCGCCUGGUUCCGCCGGCAUGAUGUAUGCCCCGCCCCCUCCUCCUCCGCCUCCCAUGGACCCUUCUAACUUUGUCACCAUGAUGGGCAUGGGGGUGGCGGGCAUGCCACCCUUCGGGAUGCCUCCAGCUCCCCCACCGCCUCCACCACAGAACUAGACUUGGUUUUUUAAGAAAAUAUAUAUUAUAUAUAGAGAGAAUUGGUCUCGUUUAAACACACGCCGAACCUCACCAUAUGGAGCCAGACAUUGGGACGCACGCAUGUGAUUGUGUGCACGCAUGUGUGUGUGUGCACGCACCGGGCUGGGCCAAGCGACUGAGGACUCGCUUGGGAAUGGGCAGGUGGUAAUAGGGGCGCCAGCUUGGGCUCUCCUGGCGCCCCGUAGCAUCGAGUGUCUUCUUUGUCUUCUUUCUCUCCUCACCCAAAUCCCUUUGCCUCUCCCCAAACUGGGCCGCCAGGAUCCCUCCCCGCGGCGGCGAUGGCCCGAGCCAUGAGAGUGAGGACUUUCCGCGCCCAUUGGUGACCCUUCCAGGCAGACAGCCUCAGCAGCGCCCCUGGUGGACAGGAUGGUUCGGCAAAGCAGCCUGAGUUAUUUUUAUGGACGGAAUCGGAACACGCUGGCUCCAUAUUGUGAAAUUUUUAUUAAUUUUUUCUUUUUUCUUUGUUACUUCCUUAUCUCUUCCUUUCUUCAGACUCCGUCCAAGGAGAUGCUCUCCCCGGUCUUCUGCUGCAAUUAGAUUCCUUUCCCUUUUCUCAUUCCUGGUUCUUUAAGGAGAGAGGAGCAAGUGGUUUUUAGGCAGAGACUUUGGGCCAUCAGUGUGGCAGGGUGGGGUGGGUGUCUUCUUUGGUUCCAAGAUUUUCAAACUGCCAUAUUUUUUUCAAGCUGAGAUAUUUUUUCCCCCUUAAUCUUAAGUGCGGGGUUUUGUCUCUGCCACCCACGUGGAGUAGUGGGUUAGUCCCCAGGUUCAGGGUCCAUAAACAUCCUUGCACCCCUGCCCAUGGUAGGUGAGGCCACCCACGUAAGCUGCCUGGGGCUUGUCUGCAGCCUGCAGAGCCCUUUCAGCACUCCCUGAGCUGCCUCAGAUUCCAUUUGUUCCUCUCCUUCCUGGAAGGCUACCUUUUAAAAUUUAUUUUAAUCCCAAAUGUCUGAAUGUUCUGCAGUGUCGAGGGGUUUGAGCCCCUUGUUUUCUUCGUUCUGCUUCCUUCCUUUCCUCCUCCCCUCUUCAUGGAGUGAUUAUGUUGACAAUAAUGUAUGAUGCGCGUUCUCUUCACUGGUUUAUCAGCAGAAAUUUCUCUGGGCUUUUUGGUGUAUGAUUCAACACUGCGUUAAAGGGGGGGUGUUCCAUUGAAUAAAAGAGCAGUGUGGUUUUCCGGG